AUGGGGUCUCGUCAUCGCACGCGCGGCGCGACGAAGGCGUCGUGCGCGUCCGUCCCCGCGCCGACGAUAUCCCUGGAGCGGCUGCGCGCGAACGACCGCGGCGCGCUGCGCGCGUUGCGAGAUGCGCUCGUCGUCGCGCCCGGCUUUUUUAAUCUCGACGCGUCGAACGCGCUGCCGCCCGCGCUCGUGCGCGAGUGCUACGAGGUCGCGCGCGCGUUCUUCGCGCUGCCGCUGGACGCGAAGGCGGCGUACGUGCACACGCAGUACGACCGCGAGACGGGAGGGUGCGCGGCGUACGUCCCGCUCCUCGAGGAGUACGCGUACCAGCCGAACACCGCGGCGAUGGUCGAGUCCUUCGACGCGUGCCGCGACCUCCCGCUCUCGCACCCGGCGCUGCACGACGACGACGACGCCGUCGGCGUCGGCCCCGUGGAUUGGCCCGCGGAGGCGCCCGGGAUGAAGGUGCGUUCUAUCUCACACUGGUUCCCAUACGACCGCAUCGGCGUGGUGAACGCCGUUUCUUAA